AUGGCAGUGAAAUGGCCGCAGAAAGUAGCAUUAGUUCUUGCUGAUCAAUCAAUUACUUAUGCUGAAAUGGCUGCAUAUGUACAACGUCUUACUCUCGAUAUUCUAUCACAAGGUGUCAAGACGGGUCAAGUCAUUUGUCAACUGGUUGAUCGAAGUCUUGAAAUGCCAUUGGGAUUCUUUUCGAUUUUGACUGCUGGGUGCGUCUAUUGUGCAUUGAAUCCAGCAGAUCCACCGGCUAGACUUAUAGUGAGGAUGCAGGAAUUAGGGUCCUACAGAGCAAAUGUCAUUCUUGGUCACAAUUUAACUCACGACAAGUUUUUAACUCUUGAGUCAUUUGCAACUUUGUCGUUUAUUCCAAUAGACAAUCAGCUUUCUACCCUAUCUAUCGUGCACGACGACGACCUUGCUCGGCUGUCAUCGAUCCGAUUGACUAGAUCAUCUUCUUGUUAUGUUACAUUUACAUCAGGUUCAACUGGCAAGCCGAAAAUAGUUGAGCACACACAUUCUAGUGCUCUCCAUUAUAUAAACUACAUGAUCGUCGAUGGUUUAGUACGUCCGACUGAUAACAUAUUUCAGCUAGCCUCAUGUAGUUGGGUACCACAUAUACUCGAAAUGCUUGACUUCUGUGUGUCGGGUGCAACACUCAUUAUUCUAAAGCCAGACGGCAUUCUCAAUCUUACCUAUUUAACAAAUCUGAUUCGAGAACAACAGCCGACUUGGAUGAUGUUCAGUCCAACAUUCUUACGCGCCUUCAUUUCUUAUUUUCAUCUAACAAAAGCAGGCGAACAAUGUUUUGCCACAGUACAACGCAUACUCACUGCAGGUGAACCAUUACCAUGGACAUUGGCCAAACAAUUGCAUGCUCUACUACCCGUUCAAGCAAUUCAUUACAAUGUUCAUGGCACAAGUGAAUGUGCCAUUACAAGUCAUUAUCGAGUGCCACGAGACGGUUCGGUUGGAAUUGAAAACACCAACGAUAAUCAAAUUAUUGUUCCUUCUGGACGUCCAGGAUUUGGAUUUACUGGAUAUAUUGUCGAUGAAACUUUUCAAUUAAUUACCGAUAGCGGCCAAAUGGGAGAAAUCCUAUACGGAGGUGAACAACAUUUUUGA